GGAUGACGUCACACAGGUGCACAGCAAACUUGUAGUUACCACUUAACACCUAUAGGGGACGCCAAAUACAACAAAACAGUAACCUAUGUGAAUAAGACAUAAUAUACUGAUUAUGACAAAUAUUUACUUCCUAAUGCCUGUAAUCUUAACAAGUAAGUCUUAACCCUGAGCUGCAUACACCUGAGUUAGUCUAGGACCUGUUUGUCUCUGAGUCAGGGGUUGGUUUGGUUUGGUUUGGGGGCUGCACCAGGUCUGUCCAAUCAGAUGCCAGUGAGGGCCAACACCUGAGGGGACCCAUGUGGAAAUAGUUAAUCAUUAACAAAAAAAACGAGCAGGUACUGGUAAGAAAAUGUGCAAGUGGGCGUAAGCAGGGCUCAUGUUCGACUAUUACGCACAGCUGUGAAGCCAGAGGCCGCUUUGGAGACAGACUUCACGGUAUGGAAACAGACUAAACAAACAUGUCCAGACAAACCUGGAGCCUUCCAGCAGUUGGCCAACUCCUGCCUGUUACAACAUGACCUCCAACACGCACCAAACACAUGCAUUAACCCUGUCACUCACCUGCAGACAGGUAGGAUGCCUCUGAACGCAGGGGGGCCCGGGUAUGGCAGCAUGGAGGGCCCCGGACUGCCUGGCAGCGUGGGCGCAGGCGCAGACGCAGAGACGGCACCGCUGCUGGUCCCGGAGUCGGAGCCUGAUCCGUGUCCUGAAUGGCGACCCCUCACCAAGGAGGAACUGGAGGCCGCAGCGGACGGUCCGGGCUGGAGGAGGGUGCGCUGGUACCUGGUGCUGCUGUUCUGGGUCUCCUGGGUCACCAUCCUCGCCACCUCCAUCGCCAUCAUAGUGAAGAGCCCACGGCCUGUGGCGCAGCCGCUCCGCUGGUGGCAGAAGUCUCUGUUCUACCAGCUGCAGCCACAGCUGUUCAUGGAGGCCAGGGCGGAGGGGGCAGGGGGCAUCAACGCGCUGUGUGAGCAGCUGCCUUACCUCAGGUCCCUGGGUGUAGGGGCUUUAAUCCUGGAAGGCCUUUUUGAGAAAGAGGCAUCUCCUCUAAACCUCACUGUGACUAGUAAAGACUCAGUGACCAUCCCUCAGAUUCAGCAUCUACUCAAACAGAGCAACAAAGCAGACCUGAAAGUAGUUCUGGAUUUUUGCGAUGUGAAUCUGAUGGGAACUGAGGAUGUAACAGGAAAUGCAGAUGAAGCAUCUUCAGUCAAAGCGCCGUAUGCACUUAGGUUCUGGUUGGAUCAAGGUGUGGCAGGUUUUACCAUCUGUGACACAGAUGAAGCAUAUUCAGAAAAGGUAAAAUGGCACCUUUUUGAUGUUGUUGUUCUUUUUCAUAAGCAGUAUCAUAUUCUCUGUUCCAGGAAAACCCUAACAUCAUUUACAUUUCAGACUCUGCUGGAGUGGAGAGAUGUCUUUAAAGAGUUUAACACUGAGGAGGAAGAAAGGAUUGUGUUGGUGAAACAGACAAAAGACAUUCUGCCUCCUCUAAGUAACUCAAGCCAAGUGGAUGUGGUCAUGAAGUCUAUUCUGCCAGCUUCACACCACAUCCUGUCAGCCCAAGAAGUGGCUGAUGCCAUAGAGACACACCUGCAUACAGUAGAUCGAGAUAUAUGGACCAGCUGGACAGUUGGAGGAAAAGCAUCUCAUGACUUAAAGAAGUUACUUCUAGUGUUGACGAUGACUUUGCCCGGGUCACCUGCAGUCCAGCAUGAUUCAGACAUCGACCAAACUCAGGACAAGCAGAAGCAGCAUGUAGCAGCAGCAGCUCUGUUUACCUCCCUCAGUCACUCCAGAGCCAGAGAAGAAGCUCUCCUGUACGGCAGCUUCACCUUCCUCCCCUUCAACGCCUCCACCAACGCCUCCUCCAACGCCACUCUUCCAUCUCCUUCAUUCCCUCCCAUCCUGGCCUUUCUACGUUCCUGGGGCUGUGUCCAUUUCCUCGUUCUGCUUAACGUUGGGGCUGAGCCUCGGCCUCUGGAUCCUGCCUGGGCUCCAAGCCUGCCUGAAGCUGGAGUGUUUAUAGCAAGUACAGGAAUGGACCGCGUAGGCUCAACAUCUCUGUACACACUGGAAGUGCAACCCCAAGAAGCCAUAGUCAUCAAACUGUUUGAAGUUGGAAGCUAUUCAUAAAGCUUCUGUGCAGCAGAUGACAUGCCAACUCUUGGCUGCCAGGUUUUUGUUUUUUGUUUUUUUCACUCAGAUUGGAUAAAGCCAAGCACAAGUUUUUGUUUUUUUGUUUUUUUUUAUGAAGCUGUGAUGUGCACACAGCUUUAUACAAUAGCUCUGUUUUCUGUGUGGUAUCAUUUGUCCUCAGGAAUGUGCCCACUUUGUUCACUGGUACUUCAAGUCAUGAUGCGCAGACACAUGUUUUAAUUUUGUAUUUAAUUGUAAUAGAACAUUUUCCAGAAAUGAUCCUUCUGAAAUGAGAACAGAGUGGAACCAUCAUUGGAGCGGUGCAAUUUGUCAUUCACUUGUUUUGACUCAGAUAAAAUAAACCACUUCUUAGCCACAGCCUAAUUGAUUUUGCAUGGUUAUUGUUAUUGUCUCAAAUCCCUCAGGAGGUAUGUUGUGCAGACACAAAGGUACGUUGUGCAGU